UCUUAGCUUCUGCUUUUUGAGAUAUUUUUGAAUGCGAUGGAAAUAGAGACAUUUUGGAGUUUUAUUAUUCAUAUAUCCGGUUAAACACUGGAAUUUCCAGCAAGUGGGGGUACCUCUGGAUGCUGCACUAACCACCCCACACACAUUGUAAGUGUCAUGGCAGAGAGAAGCAAUACCAGCUGGGUCCGGACUGUGUCUUCAUUUUAUGCCAGUCCUAAAUCCUUUUUAUCCAAUGUUGCACCGGAUGCUUUUUUGGAUGAGCUCAUACAAGAUCUUACAAGUGAAACUAUAAAUGAGCAAACAAAGGUUUUAAUGUUGAAUCUCUUCUUGGAGUUUCCUAAUCAUCUGUGUCCAGAUCAGAGUACAGGAGAAAAUACCACAGAGCUACUACUGAAUAUUUUAAAACCCAUGUUAAAGUCUGGAAAAAGUGUACCUUUUAGAUGCCAUCUUUUAUUAGCAAUUGAGACUGUUUUGAUUACAACUGAUAACUUUAAUCUCACUUGCAAAGUAGCACAAGAGUUUGCAUCUAUGUUAAUGCACAUCACAGCGGACAUAAAUGACAGGAAGCAAGGAGCGGUCAACAGACAACUGCGUGUCACAGCUUGCGAGUGCCUGCGGGAAUUGGAAAACUGCUAUCCUGGAUUUCUGUGUGACAGACUGGAAACACUGUAUUAUAUGCAUCAGCAAGAGAUUACUUAUAUACAUCAAUCAUACACCAUUCUAUACACUGUUGCUUUAAAGAAUGCUGUGCAGGUGUUGGCACGGAGAGGUGGUCCAAACAAUGGCAUGCUAAAGGUGAUACUGACUAGUAACAAAUACUUUUUCUGGAGCGCCACGGAAAGGUCUAGAGUUCUCCAAUCUACAUCAGGAGAACAGGCUGUGUUACUUGCUCCCAAUAGUGAAACAAAAGAAAUUAAAUCUGUUCUAGCACUUCUUUUAGAAGACUCAUACCUUCUAUCACCAAUUUGCCAAAAUACUCUGUUUUGGCAAAUAACUCAAAUAGUGUCUAUGAUCAGUUCAGUAUCACCAGUGGUUUUUAAAUCACAACUAGUCCGGUUAUUUGGUACGAUGGACAUAUCAUUUUUUCACAGUAUACUGCAAAUGAAAGCCGUAUUUACUGACAGUCUGUUCACUUCAGAAGAUGAACACUUCCUUCUUAAAAGACUUGUGGGUAUGACACAGCACCCACUUCUUAGCACAGCAGUGAAACUAUUCUAUUUAGACUGUUUGUUACAUUUUCCAGAAAACAGACCUCUUAAUUCAAAUCCUGGGGAGAACUUGCCCGUUCUUCUAACUGUUCAAAUGACUUCAUCUUUGUUCCCUACUAUUUUUAAUGACGGCAGCACCAUGCUUUGCAGACAGAAUUUGCUAAGCAUGGUUUAUUUGGAAAAUGAAGGGUGUCAUUCGGAGACGGGCAUUGGGUUUCUUUUCGAACAUCUCAUGUCACUUUAUAGCAUGGUACACAGGAAUGGAAACUGUGAGAUUACAUCAACGUUUUUUCGAGCUUUCUAUCUUUUUGUCCGCUAUUUUAACAGCUGUGAAAAAUAUAUGGAAAAUCUGAUAAAAGUCCUCCUAGAAUUGUACAGGAGUCAGAGCUCCUUAGCUCCUUACUUUAUCAAUCUUAUUAAUGAGACUCAAAUACUGCUUGAAUUUCAUUCUUGGCCGAUCUCUUUGUCAAAAGCCUUGCAAAAGCUAAUAGUUGAUCUUCCUCUUGAAAAACAAAAUGUGAAGUGCCUUGGUUGGCACCUGCAAGUUCUUGCAAGAGUUGCUCAGGAGAAUACUAUUCAGCAAAAAACGACUGUCUCCUUUCUGAAACGAGUGGCUGUGCAAUCUGGAAUAUGUCAGAGAGGAGACUGGAAGGCCGGAAAUGCUGUUUUGUCUGUGUGCAAGAACCUGCUUCAGCAUCAGCACCUCGACUCUGUAUUCAUGCUUCUGGCUGAUCUCCUGCAGUAUCUAAUGCACCAUUUUGAGGAUAUUGACAUCCAAGAUCAUGCUCGGUUAUACUACAUCCUUCUUACAAAUGUCGCCAGUGAUAAACUGACGAAAGUACUAACCAUGUCACCAGUAAAGGGUAAGAGCAAAGCAAGGUCCUUGUCUUCUAUCAUGACAGAAAAUGAGAAUUUCUCCACUCUUCUGACCAUUCACAAUACUCCAUGCACAGUGCUCCAGUUGUGUACGGUCCCCAAAGUUGCAAAUGAUUUUCCAAUUUGUUCUGAAGCCUUAGUGUUGGAUAACUCAACAAGUGACCAUUUGCUUGAAGAAUACAAUAAACAAUUGAUUGAGCGGAGUUUUUUUCUUACAAUGAAAUACCAUUUGUCCUUCAAAGGAGACAUAGAGCCCAAAAACCACCAAGUCUUCUGUAUUGCACUUGAGUUUGAGCAGGUAGAUUCCUACUAUGAACCUAUAAGUGAAAUUACCGUUCCGUGCCUCAUACUUGAUCGAGAACCUCCAGUUGUUACAUUAUAUAUAAUACCUAAAGAUCCUUACCCAUCAGUCAUACAUGUAAAUGCCACAUAUGAUAAUCAAGAUGGACUCACGUACAAUACAUGUCUGGAACCGCUUCAGAUCAAGUUUCCAGAUAUUUUUUUACCUUUGCCAUUGCCAUCGAGUUGUCCCGGAAUUUCCCGUGCUCAGUUGUUCGACAAACUGUGGCUUACCCUACAGCCAGAUGAAUCAAACCAGUGCGAGGACAGCACUUUCUGCUACAACGUGCUACAAAAGUCUCUAUAUGAUGUUGCACGGUCUUAUUUUUCCAACUUUGUUGUGGUUUAUAAAGGCGAUGAAUAUAAAAUUGGUUUGUUUUUACCUCCGCAGUUUCAUAUAUUAAUGCACAUUAGGAGUGAAAAGGACAUUGCAAAGUUCUCUAUCAGGACUGAUAACUGGAAAUUGCUGCCUCUUUUGAAUUCCCACUUGCUGAACGUCACAUCACAGAAAGCUCUAUGGAGCAUUAAGAGUUGGUAACAUUUUGCUUUUGACAUCUUGUGUCUGACACAUUUUUGCAUAUAGAGUUGCUGUUAUAUGUGCAAAGAUUGUAAAAUAUAU